AUGACAGAGUCGCCCUUAGCAAUCAUCGAAGACACCGGUGUGCCAUCUGGCGCGGAGAGCGCGCACAAGGUACUUGUUCUCGUGCACGGUUUGGCGUUUCAAGGCACUGUCUUCCGACCCCUUUUGCCUUAUGCUCAGACGCAUAAUGCGCGUGUCAUCGUGGUCAACAGACGCGAAUAUCCUGGGUCACAACCUUUCACACAGGACGAGCGCAAUACUCUUCUCAAUGCACAAGGAGACGGCACCUCCGCAGCAAAGGACGCUCAGAACUUCUCGGCUGCUCGCGCCGAUGAACUUCUCUCAUUGCUUGAAGGCAUCGUGGAGAAAGGCGACGUGCCCCGGCAGAGUAUCAUCCUAGUCGGCUGGUCUCUGGCUGCCGUAUUCAUGACGUCGCUUCUCGCGCGCCCGCCUACAGAAGCAGGUCGUAUUGACGUUGGUCAGUACAUGCGCCGGGUAGUGUUAUACGACACCGGUUACCAGAUACUUGGGUUCCCAAAUCCAGCUCCCUCUCUGUACAACCCUUUCGCAGACCCUUCCACUGCCCCAGAGGAAAAGGGCGCCGCAUUCUUCCACUACAUCACCGGAUACUAUGCGCACGCCAUCCCGCACACUCCAGGCAUACAGGUCAAAGACAUUAUCGACGGCCUUCACGACCGCAACCCGAAGAAGAACACAACCUUCACUCCGGAAGAGCUGGCCACCGUCCUAUACCCUCCACCCUCCGACGUCGCAGCAGGCGGCGCCGACAUUCUAGCCUUCCUCGCCGCCGAAAAGCACGGAGUCCUGGCAGGUGCGCGCGAAGGUGCGCUCCGAGGCGAGCGCUGGCCGCACGUCGAGCUGCGCGCCAUCUGGGGGGACGCGUCGUUCUGGGAGGGAUGUGUCGCGGGCAUCGAGUUUGGCCGGCUCGUGCAUGAGAACGCGCACGCGCCGGCGGAUGGCGGGAUCGGGCGUCCUGCGACGGUCGUGCGCUGGAACGGGUCGAAUCACUUCGCUCAUUGGGAUCACCCAGAGCGCGUGCUAUUGGGUCUUUUGGAGGACGGCGUCGACGAUUGGGCGGUGGUACCCUCCUAA